GUUCCAGCUUCCCGGCAUUUCGCGGUAUUAAUUAAUCCAAAUAAAAUGGUUGGCAAUAAAAAAAGCAAGUAUGCCAUGCAUCCGCGCAAUAUUCUGCGUGUGCCGCCAGACUACACCAAGCUGGCCAUCAAGCACAAAGAUUUCAGACAAGUCUGCGAAUUGGAACUAACUGGCAAAGUGUCGAUUAAUUUUCGCAAUGAGAAGACUUUGCGCGAACUGACGAAGAUGCUGCUGCAAGAAUAUUUUGAAUUGAAUGUUGAUUUUGCACCCGGCAGCUUGGUGCCCACUUUGGCCCUGCGUUUGAACUACAUCCUCUGGCUGGAGGACAUGCUGGAGCCGCUCAACUUAGACAAUGUGCGGGGCAUUGAUAUUGGUUGUGGCUCCUCUUGCAUUUACUCGUUGCUUGGCGCCAAAAAGAAUGGCUGGAACAUGCUUGCCCUCGAGUCGAAGCAACAAAACAUUGCCUGUGCCCGGCAGAAUGUCAAGCGAAACAACCUGGAAGACCGCAUUGAAGUCUAUGCCCAGCCAGACAAGUCCAGCAUCUUCAAGAGCUACUUUGAGUCGGAGAAACUGGAGAAGGAAUUUCACUUCUGCCUGUGUAAUCCACCCUUCUUCGACUCAAACUCCCCCAAUCCGUUCGGGGGCAACACUCGCAAUCCCCAGAGACGGCCAGCGCCGAACAACGUGCGCACUGGCAGUGCCGAGGAGCUGACUUGCGAGGGGGGCGAGGUGCAGUUCGUUCAGCGCAUCAUUGAGGAGAGCCGGCUUAACCAGCAGCGCGUGCUCAUCUUCACCAGCAUGCUGGGUGUUAAGGCCAACGUGCCCAAGAUCCUGGACUACCUGAAGGAGCGUCAGAUCAACAAUGUUACCACCACGGAGUUUCAUCAGGGACACACCACGCGCUGGGCCGUGGCCUGGAGCUACCAAAAAGCGGCCCUCAGCCCCGGAACAGAAUGUAAUUGAGUUGCUACCAACUCGGAAUAAACUUCAGCUGCAGCAGCAGCUGCACAUUAAACUCAA